AUGGCAAGAAAAAGUCUCAUUCAAAGAGAGAAAAAGAAACAAAGAUUGGAAAGGAAAUAUAAUUUGCUUCGCCAAUCUUUGAAAAAAGAGAUGAGCGAAGUCUCAUCACUGGAUGAUAAAUUGGAUAUUUAUAGAAAAUUACAAUCUCUACCGCGUAAUAGUGCACCUACACGUCUUCGUCGACGUUGUUUGAAGACUGGAAGACCCAGAGCCAAUUAUAGAGACUUUGAAUUAUCCGGAUAUAUAAUCCGUGAAAUGGCUCACGCAUGUUUGUUGGCUGGGGUGACCAAAUCGAGUUGGUAG